AUGGCUAAUAAUAGAGCAUUGCGUGGUACAUUGAACUCAGAAGCUAAUAAUACCCCUACAAACGACUGUACCGGCGACCGGGGCACGAAAGCCAAUCCUAUUGUUAUAAACGACGAUGCCGACGCCUUAGGCAAGCAGAAAGGCCAGGAUACGGAGCCUUUAGGUACGCUGGAAUUUGGGUGUACCUAUUCCCCUAAGCCUGAAUUAAUUCCUAACGACUAUCUGGAGGAAGCAAGACCCGAAGUCGCCUAUCGAGGGGAUGAGUUGGAACCAUCCACUAAGACUAGCUAG